AUGAGUGCCUCCCAGCCCGACGGCACUCGAUCAGAUACCACUGAACCUAUCUAUCAUGAGCACUACAAGGGCCUACAGCGACAUGCCUCUGCCCAGCAUUUGCACAUGACAAACCGGCGCUUCUUCAUCGGACCUAUUCCAGCUGGAUGGCUUCAGGGCCACCGAAAAUCUUGGUACCGAACACGGCUUCAGCUGAAGAAUUAUACAUCGCAGACACUCUCGUUUAAAGUGGAUCCUGUCACGUUUCAUUACAAUCAGCAAGAAAGCUUCGGUGACGGACAUCAGCCGUCAUCGCAGCCAUUGGAAGAGGAGGUUGCCCUCACGUAUACCAAUACCAAUGAUGCGCCGGCUGAAGAGGAGGAAGACAUAACGACCGAACAAGAGGAUUCCGAAGAUCCGCAGGGGGAACUUCGUACACUCUCUCACCCUCCAAGAGAAGGAGAGGAGCCUAUUCAGGCGGAGACAGAGACGGAGACAGAGACUGAAACGGAAACGGAAACAGCAACGGAGACGAAUGAUAAUUAUACAGAGGAUGAUGACGACGGCGAAAGCACACCGCGCCCAAGUGCCCCGGCAAGUGCGAAGACACAAGAAAACAUAUACAACGAUGGAACCGCAUCGUCCUCGUUCGUCACAGCCAGAGAGGAAGUAAGCAGCAGCGCUGACUCGGAAUCUACUACAUCUACAAUACACCCUAGCCCGAGACUGACCUUCUCCGACCAGAGGCCUCAGUCGCAAUGGUCUCAAAAUUUGAGCAUCGGGGGCCCUAGCAUUGGAAAUACUGGUGGUGCUUCUGGGGUUCCAAGUGAAACCGACUCUACCACCAAUCUGCUGAAAGGCAAGCGGAAAGAGCAAAAACCACAGAAAAGUCAGGCUUCUGGUGUUACAAGAUUCACGUUAGAACACCAACAACCCCAGGAUGAAGAUGACAACGAACAAGCAGACCCAGGGCGAGAGAGACAUGCCCAGGGGCGAAUCACGCGAAAAAUGGCGAAAUACAACUUGGAUGAUAAUAUCAUGGAUAAGCAGCAGAGAUUGCGCUCCAAGAUUGCUAAGACAGGGAAUACCAUAUCUGCGAAUCGACCACGUCGACGAAAGUUGCAAAAUGGUGAGAUUAUCAAGGCCGAGAGAAUGUUGGUUCUGGUGGAAGAGUCGAUGAAAGAGAAGCUCCCCGAAGACUAUUCUGAAAAUACCAGUAUGCGAAUGGACAAUCGCACUGUGGAUAAGUGGCGCGAGUUCUUGGUUGUAUGUCGCAAGAGCUCAGCCGAGCAUGCGCCCUUUGUCCUCCAGAUGUACCGCACUCGUGUAAUCCCUGACGUUCAAAACUCGAGGGUCAAGAUACGGCCAUACUAUGAGGUUCUUCUGAACCACAGGAAUACCCGGGUCAAUCUUUACUCUUCGCUGGACAAGACCAUCGUCAUUUGGCAUCCCUGCAAGCGUGGCACGAAGAUCUUCAUAAUUCGACCCAAGUCUUCCGCCCAUGGUGCUGAAUGGUACACAUUUAUUCGACAAGUACUUGGGUGGCAACGGCCUGACAAGCUGCCUAUUAAUGUCCCUGACCUUGGCGUCUCAUUGAUCUUCAAGAACCCAUUCCAGCAGCUGGAAGCCCAGCUUGGUCUGGGCCAUGAUGACAACCAUCACACUACAGUGCUCAGCCGAGCUGCAAAGGAGGAAAAACACGCUGCCGCUGCCAUUAUUCGGGGCUGUAUAGAAAUGCUCGAAGGUCGAUCCGAGUGGGCCGAGGUGCUGAAGGCUUGGUCCAAAACCGAGAAGAUGGGCCUUGCCUGGAAGCGAUAUGACCGUCUCGAGUGGGUCUUCGGCGUAAACGAAGAGAACAUGUAUGGGUCAAUCGCCAUGCAGUCAUCCCAUGAACUCGAGCUUCGGCCACGCUACCACUACUCGACCGCGAUCAAAAAGCUGGCAGAUAAAAAGGAAGAGGAGCCACCGCCAUUGGAGGGGUUUUUGGUCCGCCUCACGUCACAGAAAGGCGUGCAUCAGAGAAUGAACAAGAUGUUCUACAAACGUCUCUACUUCUACACCGAAGACCAACACCUGCUGUUUUGCAGACCUGCCAAGGCGCUUCCUCCUGCACCACCGAAGCUUGCACAGUCGGAAGAUUCGAACGUGCCGUCAGCUGAAGAAAUCUUAAACCAAGCACCAAUAACCUGGGAUAUUGACCCGUACCCAAUUCAAGAUGAUGACGUUGAAUGGCUGUCCAGUGGAAACCCAGAGUAUGUCCAACGCCACGAUGAGAAUGCCUAUGCACAGUGGCAAAGGAAAGUUCAUAACAUCAAUCAUGCGGAUGGAUACAUUGACCUUUGCAAAGUGCGUGAAGUACGCCGCAUGCGAUGGGGAAGCAGUCCUGCCGAUCCUAAUAUUGAAGAAGGACCAGCUGUUGACUUUCAACCCGAGGGGACUAGUUCACGCCAGGACGAUGGUGCUACCAAGCAAUUUGAUGAUGACCGGACAUUUGAGAUGACACUUGAGAAUGAUUUGGUCAUCCGUCUGCAAGCAUACGACCCUGUCACCCGCGACGAAUGGGUGAAAAGACUAGAUGCUCUGGUCAAAUACUGGAGAGCACGCCAUGCCGACGAUGCCGCUGAACUGAUCGCUGUGCGCCAGCGUAAUCUCAAGCUUUUGGAGAUUGAUGAGGAGAUGGAGUCAAUCGUCGGCCAAUUUGCAGAGAAAUGGGAGGUCAAAAAGGCCGAGGCAUCACCACACCUACACAACAUGUGCGCGUUAUCCGGCUGUCGGACAAUCAAGAUGUCCGGUCAGCUCUACCGCAAACCCCGUCGCCACACCACAUUUUCCCGCUGCCACGUUAUCCUCUCCGACGGCAAGCUCCUCAUCUUCCGAAGCACACUUCGCAAACACAACGGCGUCAAAAUUCCCCAUAUCCACCAAGAACACGAAACAACCAUUGAUCUACACGACUGCUACAUCUACUCAGGCAUAAUCACCGAAAAUGACCUGCUAUACGCCAAUCAAACAUUCGAUAGUAAUAACCCUGGUCUCCGCGCUCUACCACGAGUCUACCUUGCAUCCGAUUCAUUCACCAGCCGAGAUGGAGACGCCGCCAUCACAUUCGUGAUCUGGCAACCCACCAAGAAGAGCCUUUUCCGUGCCCAGGAACACACACUCCAGGGAACUGCGAAGCGGUCUCUGCGGCAUGUUUCGACGCUUGGCAAGCACGGUCGAACGAUCGUGUUCAAGGCGCGGAGUCGCGUUGAGAAGGAUCGGUGGGUGAUGAGUAUCUCUUCUGAGAUUGAUCGGUUGCAGGAGGAGAAGCAUGAAGAUAUACGGAUUGUCUCGCAGUAA